UAUAGUUACCACAAUGGAUGCGUUCCAACAAAGAGGGUGAAGCGGAACUACUCUACAACUUUUAUGUUUUCCUUGUAAAGAGGGGCGUUUUAUUGAGUUGGGGAGAGAAAAGAAGAUGAGGUCUUUAGGCGGAAAAGUUCAAGAGAGCACCUUCUGUGACAUCCUCCACAAUGCUGUUCUUCAGGUGUGUAGAGAGAAAUACUGGGCAGAUUCACCUGACUGGGAGGUUGAUGGAGUAAUUUGUAUUUCUGUACCUCAUUCACAGGAACAACAUGUGGUGAAAAUUCAUCAAAAAUUUCCUUCAGAUUCUGGUAAACACUUUGACAACAGGUGUUUUGAAUGUGAUAGAAAGCCAAAAGAUGCAUUGUCUACAAACGAAACUUCAGAGAGACACUUCAAUGAAAGUGUAGAGGAAGAUGACUCUAGUUAUCGCAAUGUGUCCGUCAUUGACUUGGAACAUGCCAGUACACAGCCAAACCCAGCACAGACUUGUGGCCAGGGAACAAUUCCUCCAAGCCUACCCAGUCCAGUGCGGGAACAAAACUCUCACAACUUCUACGCUAGUCCUGAUCUCAGUGGUUUUGGGCCUAAUGUGCACAGACAAAAAAGUGAACAAUUGAAAAAUUCUAGUGGUCAGUCACAUUCUAAAACGAACAAUCGUUCCAAAGAUCAAGAACAUUCCUCAUCCUUUACAAGCCAUCCAAGGGAAACAACUCCGCCGAGGAAAAAGUCAAAAACAGAGCCAGAAGAAUAUGUAGUAGUUAAAGCUGAACCUGAUGAUGAUGAGGAUUUUGCUCUUCAUAUGGAGUGUAUCGACGAGAAGGAAAGUGACAAUACAGCAGAAAUCAAAGAUGAGAAUAUUCAACGUGAUUUGGCAGCAGAAACACAGGAAGACAUAAACUUUUUGUUAAAUGUGGAAGGUCCCAGUGCUUCUCAUCAGUUUAAUUCAGGAGAUCGGUCUUGGGGUCAACGCCUCCCAACUAGCACAGUUACAAGUCAAAUGGACACAAAUCUGUCUUCCAUGGCUGGUCAAGGAUCUCAGGGCUUUAGUAACCUGAAUCUCCUUACCCAUGGAGUAGACAUAGAGGAUGGCACUAUGAGACUGACCACCAGGGUCCAGCAUCCAUCAUUUAUUGCUGGUCAAACUGACUCUAAUACACCAGAACAGAGAACUAUUCCAAGGCCAAGUGGGCAGGACUCAGCCGCAGCUUCCAAUGCAAUAGGUGAUGCCACUUUCAAAUCCAUGAUGAAAAUAAAGUCGGAAAUGAUUAAUCCGGAGGAAUUUUACUGUCUGUCAACAGACAAACCGUCAACCAGUGAUGCUGACUAUAACUACAGCAUGCUAGCUGGAGAUCCAAGUGACCCCCACUCUCUGUCCACCCCUGGCUCCUACAUAGGAAUGUACGACACUGACCAUCUAGGAAAUAUAUCCGAACAGGGCAGGUCGAAUAAUCAGAGUACCAACAAAGGGAUUAAAAAAAAGAGCAGUGUAUUUAUUGCAGGAAAACAAAAAUCUAAAUACCGGAAACGGGAGUAUACCUGUAAUUUCUGUGGUAAGAUCUACCACCACAGCACCCGCCUAAAGAACCAUGUUGUUCAGAACCAUUCAACGGAGAUGAAGGUUGAAACUCCCAAUAGUGGUACAGACAAACCACAACCUGAGUCUGACUCGAUUAAUAAUCCACUGAACACAGAUCAACAGCCUAGUAGGACAGAAGAUCAGUUUGGUCCGACAGACAACGACGAUAGCAAGGAAAGUGGGAAUGUUAAAACAACCAAGGCUAAAUCUCGACCAGCAGGCCAUCCACGAUCUGGACGACGAACAAGAAGCAACACAAGAUCGACACAAGUAGCUCACACAGAUCCAGUACCGGAGUCCACUAGUGAUCAGCUCAGUAAUGAAAGCCAACCAGAUCACAUUAGACUCGAGGUCCGGAGUUACCAGAAUGACGAUGAAAUGUGUCGUCGUCAAGUGGUAUUAUCUGGUAUGUUAGGUGACCGCCUCUCCUCCAUGGACCAGGGUGAUGAUACAAAAACAAAAAAUAAUGAUGGGACGAUGGUAAAGCAACAGGUUUCGACCUCCACAACGGACAUGUCGGGAGACACAACAGAUGAAGCCAAUAUCCAGUUUUGGUGUAAAUGCGGCCAGUCAUUUACAUCUCUGUCUACUUUUGUGUUACACAAGUUUCCGUGCGAGGCUGCCAUGAAAUCUGAUGAAAAAUAACUUAUGAGCUACACAUCUGGGCAGUAACUUGUAACAUUUGGUGGGCAUCAGUUAAAUUUUCACACACCACAGAUUUUAAGAUGUAACAUGUUAAUUUCGUUUUGUACUUGCUUCAUGAAACACUAAUAUUUCAUCGAUAUGAGUACUUAAAAUUAAUCAUUAUUUUAAUUUAUAACACUUAUUGCCAGAUAUGUUGAUUUAAAUUGUUGUAAGUUUAAGUUUGAGACUAUCGAAACAAAUCUUAGAUAUCUCUAUCAAAGUUGCUUUGAUAAACUGCAGUAAUAUUGUUUAAUUUUAACCGAGUUAAACUGCAUGAACAGUCAGCUGACAGAAAAAGGUAUUCUUUAUUACCAUAGGAUGCAUUUAACAACAUUUUAGUAUAAAACUUGUCUAUAUAACAGGUAAAUUCUGUAUGAAAAAAUCGUUGAAAGACAAAAAAAAGACUAGUUAAAUGAAACUACUGACAGAAAGCUAGUUUUGCCUGAUAAGAAAGGAUUUGUUAUCAAUUCUAUAUACAAGACCAUUCUGUUGAGUCUGUUUAGUUAGUUUACAGGUACAACAGAUCAAUGAUUCAUUUCAUCAUAAUUAAUAUAAAUGAGUUGUUUUCAUUUCUCUGUCAGUUCCUUUUGUCUUGAAAAUAUUUUUCCUUUUUAGUGCUAUCCUUUGAUAAUGGUCUGAUCUUGUUCAAAUUUGUUUGUUGUCAAGAAGUGCUUUAACAUUGUGAUCAUUGUAAUUUGAUAUUAAAAUUGUUUAAUAUAUAUAUAUCAAUAUCUUGUGUGUUUCUGUUCAGAACAGCAUCACAAUGAUUUGUUACAUUGGACAGACUGGUGACUAUUCCCGGCAUCAAUUAAAUCCUGUCAAUGAUUUAAAUUUUAUCUGCACAUGAAGAUGAGAGUAACUUGUUGCAUGGUUCAAUCGUAAGUUUAUGAUCAAUGCCACAAUUUUCUGUGCAUUUUAAUUAUAAACCAGUUUCAACUUGUACAAUUAAUAUCGGCCAUUUUCCUUGGUACAUAUUAUUAAUAAUCGUUUGAAAUUGCUUGCUAUCUAUAAUUUUUAGCUGGGAUUCCAAUGACUAGUAGAUGGCCAUGUUAGCUACCAUGACACCUUUGUUGUCAAGGAGAAGGUCAUAUUAUAGGGUAUUGUUGAGAUCAGGCCAAAACAAGAAUAUAGUUGGUUUGGCAUAACCCGCCUGACCCUGAAUAAAUGUGCCGACUCCAAACAUCUUAUUGUGAAAGAUAAAACAUUGUUUUUUAACGAUUUGGCCGUUAACGAUUUGACCAUUCCGGAUAUUUAGGUCCGGAAGUUUCUGUGCAGGUUUGAAACUACGUCUCUCAAACCCAAAUAAGGUUUGUGUGUGUUUCAUUUGUUUAAGAACACCCAAUAGAUAAUGAUUUCCA